GCAGAGGGCUGGCCGGCAUGGCCGCGGGGCCCGCGCUGGGGCUGGGCCCUCUGCUCCUGGUCUCCCUCUGGGGAGCCUCAGCUCCAGCUUGUCUUCUUCGGCGCCUGGGGCAGCACGUGCAGCGGCAGCGGGAGCGCUCCAGCCCGGGCCUGGGGCCGGGCCCCGGGGCGGCGGCCCUCCCAGCCGAGGGGUGGCUGGAGCAGGCCCUGGACCCCUUCAACGCAUCCGACAGGCGGUCCUUCCUGCAGAGGUACUGGGUAAACGAGCAGCACUGGGCCAGCCGCGACGGACCUGUGUUCCUGCAUCUGGGGGGCGAGGGCAGCCUUGGGCCAGGCGCAGUGAUGAGAGGGCACCCGGCAGCCCUGGCCCCAGCCUGGGGCGCCCUGGUGAUAGGCCUGGAACACAGAUUUUAUGGCCUGAGUAUACCUGCUGGGGGCCUGGACAUGGCUCACCUCCGCUUCCUGUCCAGCCGCCACGCGCUGGCCGACGUGGUCUCCGCCCGCCUGGCGCUCUCCCGCCUUCUCAACGUCUCCUCCUCCAGCCCCUGGGUCUGCUUCGGAGGCUCCUAUGCCGGUUCCCUGGCUGCCUGGGCCCGGCUGAAGUUUCCGCAUCUCGUCUUCGCCGCGGUCGCCUCCUCUGCCCCAGUGCGGGCCGUGUUGGAUUUCUCCGCGUACAACGAGGUGGUGUCCAGGAGCCUCACGAGCACGGCGAUCGGCGGGUCUCCGGAGUGCCGAGCGGCGGCAUCCUCAGCCUUCGCGGAGGUGGCCCGGCGACUGCGCGCGGGCGAGGCGGCCCGGGCGGCGCUGAGGGCGGAGCUGGGCGCAUGCGCGUCCUUGGACCGUGAGGAGGACCGGGCGGAGCUGCUGGGGGCGCUGCAGGCUCUGGUGGGAGGCGCAGUGCAGUACGACGGGCAGGCGGGGGCGCCGCUGAGCGUGCGGCAGCUCUGCGGACUCCUCCAGGCGGGGGGCAACCGCAGCCGCCCGGCGCCCUACCGCGGGCUGCGUCAGGCCGUGCAGGUUGUCCUACACAGCCUGGGCCAGAAAUGUUUAAGCUUUUCCCGAGCGGAGACAGUGGCCCAGCUGAGGGUCACAGAACCCCAAGUGUCCAGCGUGGGUGACCGGCAGUGGUUGUACCAGACGUGUACUGAGUUCGGCUUCUAUGUCACCUGCGAGGACCCUGGAUGUCCUUUCUCCCAGCUCCCAGCACUGCCCUCCCAGCUAGAGCUGUGUGAGCAGGUGUUUGGACUCUCGACCUCAUCCGUAGCCCAGGCUGUUGCCCAGACGAACUCCUACUAUGGUGGCCAGACCCCAGGGGCCACCCAAGUGCUGUUUGUUAAUGGGGACGCAGACCCCUGGCAUGUGCUAAGUGUAACACAGGCUUUGGGACCCUCAGUUUCAGCCCUUCUCAUCCCUAGUGCCUCUCACUGCUUGGACAUGGCACCUGAGAGGCCCUCAGACUCCCCCAGCCUCCGCCUAGGGCGCCAGAGCAUCUUCCAGCAGCUGCAGACCUGGCUCAGGCUGGAGACACGGGUCAGGGCUGGUCUCUGAGCCACUCCCUGUAUGGCCGCCUCAGUCUUGAACGUCCCCAUUCUCUGGACGGGAGAACGUGCCGGGAACUGGGAUUCAGUGCCUGCUCUACAUAUAACUGACUCGUGACUGCAGACAUCCUCACUCCCAACUGAAAGCACUCAGCUCCAGACAGUUCCAUAAACAUAGGUGGAUGGUGGUUCUCAUUGUGAAUUCUUGUAUUUUAAUAUCAAAGGUCAAAGAAAAGUUACUCUUUAUGCUGGUGCCCUCCCCUGCUCAUCAGAGUCCAGUUCAGAUUCUGCUCAGCUCUCGGGCUGGGCACUUUCUGCGUGUCUCUGGACCCCAGACCCUGACUCAUCUGCUUCUCACCCUUUCCCUCGCCGUGCCCCCUGUCCUCAGCCUCUCGCCUUGACUCUGCCUUUACCUCCUCUUGCAUGUUCCCUGCCCUCCUUCCCUGGCUUCUCGUCUCCGUCUCCCUGGGCUCUCCCUGUCUCUGUCUGCUGUGUUCGUCUUCACUGCCUCUAGUUCUCAUCCUGUCACUCGAUCUUUGUCCUUCUUUAUCUGUCUCUUUUAGUCUUUACAAACCUGUCAUGAGCCAUCUUUCCCCUCAAAAACCACAGAAGAAUCUUUGCUCUAACCCUCCAUAAACUCUGACUCUGUGGGAACCACACAUCUUAGUAAAUGAAAAUUGGAGUCUUCCGGUUUCUAAGAUCCAGCACUUGGAGUUUCCUUGAAUUACGUUUCUCCACUCAUACUGCUUAAACUUGCUGAAGUGGGUGUUGUUUCUGCAACUCCACAUCUUUAACAUUAUAACUACUGUGGAAUUAAAAUAAUGAGACUUUUCAUUCA